GGGCUGGGCCUGGCACUGGCUUGUCGCACAAGUAAUGCGGGGCAAAGUCCGGCUGCUGGUAGUUGCCGCAGUGACAGCUGAGCGAUGAAUCCGGAUCUGAGCAGGGAGAGGGCCACCGCGUCCUUCAGCCCGGAAAUCAUCACACAUAUACUGGAUGGGGGCCCGGAGAGGACCCGCAGGAGGAGGGAAAUCGAAAGUCUAGUAAUAAAUGACCCAAGCUUCCAGCAUGAGGAUCCCAACUUCUUGUCCCGCAGUGAGCGAUAUGAGGUGGCCAUCAAGAAGAGUGCGCAGAUGGUUCAGAAGAUGAGGCAGCAUGGGAUAUCCGACCCUGAAGAGAUCUACUGGUUCAAGAGAACUGGCCUGGGCUCUCAGACGGAUCCCCUGGGUUUACAUUUUAGCAUGUUCUCCAACGUGCUGGUAAAUCAGUGCAGCGACUCUCAGUCCAAGAAGUGGGUGCCUCUUGCCGGGAGACUGCAAGUCAUUGGCACAUAUGCACAGACCGAGCUGGGGCAUGGAACCCACUUGCGAGGGUUGGAGACAACAGCCACCUAUGAUCCAUCUAGCCAGGAGUUCAUCCUGCACAGCCCCACAGUGUCCUCCAUCAAGUGGUGGCCAGGAGGGUUGGGGAAGACCUCAAAUCAUGCUGUAGUGCUGGCACAACUCUACACCCAAGGGGAGUGCAAAGGGCUUCAUGCCUUUAUAGUUCCCAUUCGCCAGCUGGGCACUCAUGAGCCUCUGCCAGGAGUCACUGUUGGAGACAUUGGACCCAAAUUUGGUUUUGAUGAAACAGACAAUGGGUUCCUGAAGUUCGACAAGUUCCGGAUCCCACGAGAAAACAUGCUCAUGAAAUAUGCUCAGGUGGAACCGGAUGGAACAUAUGUGAAGCCACUCAGUGACAAACUCACGUAUGGCACUAUGGUGUUUAUCCGCUCCAUGAUUGUGGGAGAUUCUGCUCGGAGCCUGUCACGGGCUUGCACCAUUGCUGUCCGCUAUAGUGCUGUACGACAUCAGUCUGAGAUCAGGCCUGGGGAGCCUGAACCACAAAUCCUGGACUUCCAGACCCAGCAAUACAAGCUCUUCCCACUACUAGCCACAGCAUAUGCAUUCCAGUUUGUGGGUUCAUAUAUGAACCAGACAUAUCACAGGAUAACUGGAGACAUUCAUCAAGGGAACCUGAGUGAACUUCCAGAGCUGCAUGCCCUAUCUGCUGGACUGAAAGCCUUUACUACAUGGGUAGCCAGCACAGGCAUUGAGGAAUGCAGGAUGGCAUGUGGAGGGCAUGGGUACUCUCGCUGCAGUGGCAUCCCCGAUAUCUAUGUGACAUUCACUCCGGCAUGUACCUAUGAGGGGGAGAACACUGUGAUGAUGCUGCAGACAGCCAGGUUUCUAUUUAAAAGUUAUACUGCAGCCGUAUCUGGAGAGCAAGUUGGCGGGAUGGUAUCCUACCUUAAUGAUGUGUCCUUACAGCGUGUGCAGGCUCAGCCGUUGGCUCAUCGAUCCGCCACUGAUAUCAAUGAUCUAAGCAGUCUAGUGGAGGCUUAUAAACAGCGGGCGGCUUGGCUAGUUGUGGCAGCAUCUAAGAGUGUCCAUUCUGAUUUGAAACGUGGGAAGCGCAAGGAAGACGCUUGGAACAAGAACACUGUAGAUUGGGUGCGGGCAACUGAGGCGCACUGUCAUUAUGUGGUAGUGAAACUUUUUGUGGACAAACUAUCUGAGAUCCUGGAUGUGGCUUCUCACCGCAUAUUGAGCUCUCUCUGCCUACUUUAUGCUCUGCAUGGGAUCAGCAGAAAUACUGGGGAUUUUUUUCAGGCUGGUAUUCUGACCACUUUCCAGGUGGAGCAGGUACAGCAGCGAAUUAAGGAUUUACUGUCCGUAAUCCGACCUAACGCGGUGGCUCUGGUUGAUGCAUUUGAUUACACAGACUCUCAGCUGGGUUCUGUCCUGGGAAGAUAUGAUGGAAAUGUAUAUGAAAAUAUGUUUGAGUGGGCCAAAAAGUCACCCCUUAACAAAACACAGGUUCAUGAAUCCUUCUACAAGUAUCUGAAACCUCUUCAGUCCAAGCUGUGAACCACCGUGCACCUGCAGAGAGAGACAACUGGGCAGAACACUUCUUUUUAUAAUAACUAGUUUUCUUUGCAUUAUUGAGCUUCAAAAAAUUCUGUUAAUUUUACAGCUUGGAAUGGAUAGUUUAUGAAAUAGGUAAGAUAAUGAGUGCCCUGUAAGGUUUAACAGUCUCAUACUAGUAAAAGACUUAUCUGCAAAUCAACCGUUUUACCGUCCUCCCUACUAUACUGUGAUGAUCCACGCUCAUUUAUAUACAGGCCAAAGGGUUACCCAACAUAUUGGCAAAUGAUUUAACAUUAACUGGUAUAUCACUGAACCACGAUUUGUACCUGUUGCCCAUAUAUGUUUUGUUUUUCACCCUGCAUUCCAAGAUGACUGCUCCCAACCUUUGGAGAUUAGUGGUUAAGUAGGCAGAAUUGAUACGUGUAAAAUAGAUUAGAAUCUGGUAAAUGUUCUACACCAAGGGGCGAAACAAAAUCCCAGGCAAGUGCUGUUUUUUUGCGAUUGCGAAAACAGGAAAUUUUUCAUGCUGUAAAAAAAAUGGUGGGUAAUUGACAGAUUUAAAAAUAAAAUAAAAAAUUGGUAAAUCCUGUUUACAGAUGCAGUGCUAAUACAUGCAGAAUUCAAAGGGAUAUUAAAGUCGCUCUUUACUACAAUUAGUUAUUUGUACAGCAAUUACAAAUGUACGUAACAAUAAACAUAUUUUUUCAUUUCUUA